GCUCACAGUACAGGUCUUCAUUUCGCUGCCUUGAACCAUUGUGUUGUGGCAAACACAAUGAUUUAUCCUCUUUUCAGUUUAUAAUCUCUUUCAAGGCUGAUGUGGAUUAUUGCAGAUGUAUUAACCCUUUACACGCCUAUCAACAAAUUGCUCCUAUAACAUAUGGUUGACGACAGAUCCGUAGAUUAAAACCUGGUUAUUAAUAAUGAAGCUUAGUGGUAACUUAAAUUCAUAAACACUAUUAUUUUUUUUUCUGAUUCGUUUCCUGUGCAACUGACUCCUUUUUAAGACGCGCCACAAUCCAUGUGCAUUUAGGUAAAGUCAGGUGUUCCACGGAAAGGGUUAAAAACGAGGGACAUAAAAUGUAGAAUCAGAGCGAUAGAAUGGGAUUGGCGUGGUCGUCGGGGUGUACUUGAAGCUACGAUAACAACCCUUGUCCGUGAAACGGUACAAGCGCUGCGAGAGGGGUGGGGAUAAUAGAAAGCAUGCCUGUCUCCAAGUAAACAGAGGCACACAAUGAACACGAGGGAAUGUGGACAUCUAGUUCAGUUAACUGGAGGUGAGUAGAGCAUCUCUUGCCCGUUGAAGAUGCAUUGAAUAGCCUUACCUCUGAGUCUACAUGAUAGCGAAGAUUUCACGAAACACGCGUGUCAAUUGGACAUCACAUGGAUUUGUUAUGGCGGAAUUGUCAUUAAUAAAGACUCUCCAAAGAUAAGAACAAAAAGCUUGAAUUGUGCACGGAAAGACUGGAGCAACAUCCUACCUCAGGGAGUCGUCUGUGUGCAGUGAAGGUUUCCACACGUGCAUAUCCAGGGCACUGCCUGUGAAGAGAUCUGAGCGUGAACGCGGUGGCUCCCCCCGCAGGACGUUUGAGAUACUACAGCACUGUGAGCAGAAGGCAGGGAGACUGCAGCCGUCAGUGAAUGGCCACAAGCCCAGACUAUUACAGCACUUAUGACCACAGCCGGAGGGUAAGCAACCAAUCAGGAGACAGCGAGAGCAGCGAGGUCGCACAGGAGACUCAUGCCAUGGAGGUCAAGGGUGACCUGAUCACAAGCCAUGACCUGCAGGCCGGUCAGGACAGUAAGCGGCGUGCGGAGCGGAUCUCAGAGCUGCAGGAGCGGAGGCGCAGCCUGCAGUCGCUCCUCAACGUCCGUCUGGCGGAUCUGCGACGCGUCUGUCUACAAGAGGCGGAGCUGAUUGGAGAGGUUCCCCCUGAGUUUCCUCUGGAGACUGGAGAGAGACCCCCGUUUGUGCGCCGGCGGGGGGGCUCAUCACGGCAUGGUCCCAAACACACAGGGAAGGGAGAGGAGGAGGAGGCCAGUCAGCGGAAGAUGAAGAAGACGCUGUUCAGUGGCACCCUCCGCAGGCACACCGACUCCGAGCAGCAGCCGUCUCACGGCAAGAGAACGGUUCACCGCGGAUGCCACACAGAUAACACAGUGAAGUCGGAGAGCAGCUCCACCUCAGACUCCACGGGGCAGGACAACGAUGAGGUGUUCGCUCCAGACUGUUUGUCUCCGUGUCGUGCCCGGCUGGCUCAGGAGAGUCCAGACAGCAGGUUCUGUCGUAAGCUCUCCCCCGUGGAGAUCUACUACGAGAUGAGGACGCGUCGCAACUCGUUGGCCAGCUCGGCCAGCCCAAAUCGUUCUCUCCCGAGAAGCGUGUCCAACCUGGAGGGCAGAAGUGUUCCUGCCACCCCGCUCCUGUCUCGCACAGUCCCCACCACGGCACACAUCAGGUCAGAGGUAUCCGCGACUAAGCAGUGGUCAGACAAUCACGGGGCACCGCAGGUGGUGCCUCUUCAGACUCAGGAUGGGUCCUCAUCAGGGUCCUUAGAGCAAGGCGGCACGUACAGCGCCCAGACACGGCGCAGCAACAGCUCGGAGGCACUUCUGGACCGUGCUGUCUCUGUGGAUGAGGGCGGAGCCCAGCGGAAUGGGAUGCCUGCGAGGGGGGGUCCUUACAAAAGCUCAGAGGCGCUGACAGAUGGCCGCCUGAGGCAGGCACAGAGGGGCAGCCCCGAUAGGCAACCCAGCGGACCCCCUGACCCGAGCAGAACCCGCACCUCUGUUGGGGGCCGCACAGUUGGAGGGAACUACAAUGAGAUUCUGCUGGACUACGUGUGGGGGAAGCAGCAGAAGAUUCAAGCCCAACAGCAUCAGCAGCAGAGAAUGCAGCCUCAUGUCAACGGUAAACCCCGGCCAUGGCCUGAAGGUUCUUCAGGACCCCCUCUGCCCCACUAUAACGGCUUCCCCCCCUCCUCACAGCCUCUGCAUCUCUCAGGUGGACCACCAGCCUAUAGCCCACAUAUGCUCCGGGGGAAACCAGGGGAGCCACGCCGGGUCAAAGUCACCCGGACUAAAUCCUGUGGGCCGUUCAUACCCCUCCAGCAGCACCAGCAAGAGACCAUCUUGCUGUCAGCAUACUCUGAAAACCCACCUGCCACGAAUGGUUCCUCCUCAGCUGCUGUGUACCAACAACACCAUGAUCCUCCAGGCCCUCAGAACAUGCACCGGCCGCCGCCGCAAAUCACCACAGACUCCUCAGUUUCCACGCCAGAAGACGGCAAUCGCAGCUUGCACAAGGCCCUGGCUUUGGAGGGGCUCCGAGACUGGUACUUGCGGAACACCCUGGCUCACACAGCAGUAAAUGGGAAAGGCCAGGAGGGGGCGCCCAUACGCCGUCGCACAACAAACUCGCUGCACGGCUCUCACGGCCCCCACCCUCCUCUCACCCAACAGCAGAAAUCUUUCCAGGGUGAUGCACCCCACUACUCCCAGUGCCACAGCUCCCAGCUGCCACAGUCUCAGACCUUCCAUGGGCAUCCCCUUCAUGGCAGGUCAGUGGAACUGUCUCUGUAUCAAGACACCUUCCCCUCCAAAAUGCAGGAACUGACCCUCAAAGAGUCCAAUGCUGAGCGCCCCAGCCCAGGCACACUGGUCUGAGAGCCACCCAGCCCAUAACAUGCAGACAAAAGCACAGACGUUUUCCGGCCCACCGCAUCCACAGUAACUGGCAGGUGUGAGUGGAACUUGAUGGAGAUGACUUGGAGUAAGAAAUGGGAAGGGAGAUUCUCAAUGGACAGAGAGUAGAAGUGUGGAAGAUAUGAAAAGUAGCAUUUGUCCUGUGAUGUUCUGCACUGAAAUUGUAAAUGUAAAAAACAAGCCCGCGGGCCAACGCUUCUAGAUUUCACAUCAAAAUAAGAGUACUUAGGAUAUUUGCCUAAAAAUCUGUCCAGAGUAACAGCUUUUUAGUGCAGAGUGGAAUGUUAUUAUUCACUCAGUCUGGGCUUAAGCCGUUAUCUCAGUACUAACAGUACAGAUCAAAGUUUUCAUAACAAGAUAGUUAAUGAAUUACAAAGGCAGUACGGCCAAACCUUCAACCACUGAAAUACUUCCAAGUAUUUUUUGCAAUCAUUUUUAUAUGGAAACUAACUAAUGCACCCAUUUUUCUCAGGCAGAUUAUUCUAUCCCUAUUUUUGAAUAUAUCAAUAUUUGCUGGCAACAUUUGAAUGAAAGCUAGCCAAUAUUAAAGAAGCAAUAUUAUUGUCACAACAAUUUGUAUGAAAUACCAAAAAGUAAAUGCAUAAUGCAUAUCCUGGCCUGUAUUGUGAACUUGUAAUAUAACAUACAUUGGUAUGAAUGUAGUAUGACAUGAUGAACAACUUCAUGAGAUCAUCUAAAUUCAUCUAUUAGUGUUCAAACUGUAAAUGGAUGACCUCUCUAUUUUAAAGGCUGGCAUAUUUUAGAAAAGCUAAACAAAUUGAUAUUUUUUGUCAAUUGUUUAUCUAUCUUGCAGCCGAAAUAUUUUACCUAGAUUGGAACGUUUCAGAUACUGAGAUUUCUACAAGGAGUGUGGUGAGCACACCAGUCAUGUGACCCGUGCAGUCACAGAGAUUACUGUGUACUCUUGUACAUCUUUAGUUUCAUAUCUCCAGAUUGCUGUACACAUGCAACACAGCUUUCCCCCCGUCUUAUGUAACAUGUUCUCUUGGCCCGAAGCAGUUCAGCAGUAUUAUCAAGGCAUCACACAGUGGGAUGGAAGACACAGUGCCAUAUUAGGGAUUCUUUUUUUUAUCAGUGCCAGUAUUCCCCAGGCUUAAUUUAUUACAAGGUUAGCAGCCAUUAUAAAAUACAAAAUUUGAAUUCAUAGAAUUAAGGAACUACCGUUUCCCUUGCCUUUGUAGAUAAUGGAAAAAAUGUAUGUGCAAGGGAGGCCCACCCUGUCUUGAAUGCGCUUCAAGGAUAUUGUUUUAUAUAAUUUUGCUAAGCCAUCAGUGAUUGUGUUUUGAAACUCAAAGUGCUCAUUAUAUUCUUGUCUAUUCUCUUGUGUCACGAACAACCCACCCCUGAAUUUCUAAUCAAAGAAAUAGUUUUUGAAGCACCACUUUGUCAAAAUUGGCCACUAGGGGGAGAGCUAUCCCCAGUUUAUUGUAAAUAACUCUAACUCCCUCAGCCAUAAGUGACAAACGACGGCAAGACCAGUAUGGAUGCAAAGACGAGGUCAAGAAGCAGCAACUGCAGCAAAAAAAAUCAAUCAGCCUGCUACUUGCAGAUGUCUCACCAUUGCUAUUGCACAUUAUUGUGGCUGUUCCUUGUAUCUACUAUAGACAUACUCAUAACUAUCUUGUCAUAUGUUGAUAAUGUUGAAGAUAUGGGUAAGGGCUUUGUCAUUGUCAUGUGUCAUUUUAUUCUUCUGUACUGCCUACUGUAUGUUGUACAUUUCAAUCUCAAAUGUUUUCUGUUUGUUUUAACAAUGAUUAUCACAGUGUAUACCAUUACAUGUCAGAAUGCCAGCUGUCAACCAUUGUGCCUAUCAGCUUCAUCAAGUAGAAAUGUCCAUAUGUUUUGGCAUCAGGAACCACAUACGGCAUAUUAACUGUUUGUGAAAACUUGCUGCCCUUUGUACUGUAUUAUACAUGUAUUUCUUUUUAAAGGGAUUCUUGAAAAUAUAAAGGGGGAGGGGGGACCAGAUUGUAUUUGCUUUCAUGGGCUGAAACACUGCAAAAAAAAGCAUUGUAUGGAUUGCUGGCAAAUCCACUGUAGAUAUGAUCUUUUAUCUGUCCUAGUGAGUUGCUCUCCUUUGAACUCUUCCUUGUCAUUGUUGCAUGCAGGUACUUGUGCCCUUUUCUAAGCACCAUCACAGUCUUCAUGGGAGACCCUGUUCCCCCAAUGUAACCCCAAACUGAGCCAUAGCCCACUCAUCAACCCUAGAGAUAACCACAGUAAAGAUUGUCCACUAAGACAAGUAGCACUAGCGUUAGCUUCUAUCCAACUUCCAUCUAGCAUCAUGUCCAAGAGAAUUGGUUUUGUGCUGAAGCAGUCAGGAGCUGUGGGACUCUUAGUGUCCUGAAGCUUUAUCCUUGCCGCCAGAUGCUGCCCUGUUUGUCUCAGGACCAACUGUAUGCUGCUGGGGUUGUGCCUCUCUCCUCUGGGAGCAAUGAUUUGUGUGGAAAAAAGGUUUGCUGACAGAAUUUCAAUCCUCUGUUGCAUUGUAUAUUGCACUGAUAUCCCUCCCCUGGGAGACGUGAGAGAGGAUUGCGUGUUUGGAAGCACAUUAUUUACCUGGUUACGCAUAUAUUUUCUCUGUCUAUGGCUGAGCCGUUAUCUUUUAAAUGUAGUUAUUUCAGUUCUUGUAUUGGUUUUGUCUUCUUGUUAAAGCUUCAUGUUGCUUUUGUCAUAUUUUUGAUUGAUAUAAAUAUUGAAAUGAAAUAGUAAAUAAUUUAUGUUGUGUGGGUUCACAAUUCCUGUGCUGUAAUAAGAACAAGGUACCAAAUAAGAUCAUUACAUUUUAUUCCCACAUUGCAGUUGUAAAACAAUAUGGGUUAUGGUGUCAAGAGACUGAAUGGGUUCUAAUUUAUGUUGUAGGUGGUUGUGUCAGCCAAGAGAAUCUUUGAAUUUCACAAGUAAUUUAUCCAUUAUUAAGAAAAGACUCUUUUUUUAUUGUUUUCAUUAUUCAUGCAAAAUGUAAAUACUUUGUUCUUCACUUUUUUCCUGUAUUUUACAAAGUAAAGAUCCACCAUUUUAUGACGGGUAAAUGGUACAUUUCUGUUCUCUUUUAUUACAUUAUUAAACUGUGUGGUCAAACAUCUUUCUCUCCUAAGAUCCAAAGAC